CAAACUUCCAAUAUCUAUUCAUCCUCAAUCUUACAAAAAAAAACAUACAUUAAUGCUCACUUGAAAAUUUUAAAACCUCUAUAAAAGUUUCCGAAAUCACAUCUGAGCCCCCAAUGUUAAUUUGAGGAUGUGAAAUUGCGGCAUUUUCGCAACGAAAGAAUCAAGCGUACGUGCAAUGUUUUUGCUUUUUUUCCCUCAGUUUUCUUUCGACUUUCUAAUCGUUCAUUCACUCUUUCUUUCUGACUAGGAAAGUGUUACUUAAUUAUUUAUUUUCGUGCUUCCAAAUUUUAUUUAUUCGACUAGGAAAACCUUUAAAAAUUGACAAUUUGGUGAUAAAACUUAUGCUACGCAUAAUUAGUGCCCAUUAAGACAUCAUUAAUUACGAUUCUUUCAAAUUAUUACAAAAAUAAAGGCUGCAACGCAUCAUUUCGUGUGUUUUUAUUUUUUGAAGGAAGGAACAGAAAUUUUACUAAGAUUUAUAUGAUCUACAUCCAUUCAACAGAGCGACACUUCCAAUAUAAACAGCGUUAAUUCAAUUAAUGAAAAAUUAUUAUUUAUUAAGACAUCUUCUAGAUUAACCAACACAUAUAAAAAUAUAAGCACAGGUAUCAACUCCCAUUAGCCAUGAUUGACAUUAUUGACUCAUUCAAGUCAAGUGAAUUUGCUGACUCAAGUAGAGCUGAAGGAAAUAAACUUUACUGUGAGCGCAGCUUUUUUGAUGCAUUAGUCAAGUACAAUGAGAGUCUAUGUUAUGCACCAGAAGCAAGUGAAGGAAUUGGACUGACUUUUGCUAAUCGAUCUGCUGUUUAUUUUGAGAUGAAGUUGUAUGAUAAAUGUCUGAAAAACAUUGAAUUAGCAAAAGUUAAUGGAUAUCCUGAAAAGAACUUCCACAUUCUUGAUAAAAGAGCUCAAAAAUGUCACGAACUAAAAGCUGAACAGCAACAGGUGCUUGAAAAUCCUUUCGACUUCAUAAAAUUGUCAUACAAUGCAAAUCCACGCCUACCAUUUGUAGUUAAUUGCCUAGAAUUAAGGCAAAAUGAUGCUUUCGGUCGCUAUAUUGUGACUACACAAGAUUUAAAUGUUGGUGAUAUUUUGGCAAUUGAGGAACCGCAUUUUAAAAUCAUUAAGAGUGACUCAAGAUAUGACAGUUGUCCGGAAAUGAACAAAUUUCAGCGAUGUUCUGUUUGCUUGAAAGACGACUUAAUGGACUUGAUUCCGUGUUCAUACUGCAUUUCAACAAUGUUUUGUUCUGAGGAAUGCAAAGAUUAUGCCAUGAAGAGCUACCACAACUAUGAAUGUGCAAUAAUUGAAAUUCUGCUGAAAACUGGAAUCAUGCAGAUGGCAAUGAGAGUUUUCUUUCAAGGUUUAAACAUGUUCAAUGGAUCCGUUGAAGAUCUUCAAGACUUUCUUAAUAAAUGCAACAAUUCUUCAUUCUCUGUCUACAAUUUUGAUUUUUCAAGCUCCAAAGAGGAAGUUGUGGCUAAACACUAUCUAUUGUCUGCUUAUUGUCUGGUCAGAAAUGAUAAAAUGUCAAUUAAUGAAUCUCCAGAAAAAUUAUUCAAACUGCACCCACAAUUGUCAGACAUGUGGCAAGUUCAUUCAGAAUUUAUAAAGAGAUUCUUCUCGACAAUACUAAAAUUAGGCGAUUCCAAUUUCCACGGAAUAUGUGGAUGGUCAAUCCAAAAAUAUAUGAAUCAAGAGCCACAAAUGAUUGGUGUAGGCUGCUAUCCAUUUAUAUCACUGAUCAAUCAUUCAUGCGCGCCUAAUGUUCAUCGAAUGUAUGCUGAAGGAAAAAUGUUUAUUAUGGUUGAAAGACCGAUAAAGAAGGGGGAGCAGCUGUUUGACUGUUAUAGAACAACCUUCUUCACACAACCGAAAGCAGAACGUCAAAUGAUUCUAUACGAAGACUAUUCAUUUCAGUGCCAAUGUGAAGCAUGUACCAAAAAUUAUCCACUCUUCCAUUCUCUUAAAUCGAUGGAUAAAAAGACUCUCAAGUGGGCGAAGAAAUGUAAAAGCGAUACCAUAAAGCUCGACUCGAAUGAAGCAAAGAAGAAGUUCCAAGAAUACUGUACAGCCAUUCAACUUCAUCACGAACAAAAUGGAUUUCCGUUUGCUGAAAUUGUUUUAUUACAAGAGUGCCUGCAGCAUUGUUUAUCGAUUAUUAUUAAGCCAAAAGUUUUAUUUGCGUAGACAAAAAAGAAGAAAAUUUCGAUAGAGACUGAUUGUUAUUUUAUACUGUUGCGUACUUUUAAGACGUCAUUUUGCCAAAAAAACCUUAUCAGCAGACUACUGACUACAUAUAAGGUGGCAAUCAUUUAAUUUUAAUUUUCGAGAACGUGAAAGAAGUUUGAACUUUUGAACUUCCUGAAAUUUUUCAGCUUGAAAUGUCCGAUGAGCACGUUUAGUUAUGAUUAGUAUGGAAUUAAUAUUGUCUGGAUGUUACCAGCGCAUUUCCAGAUGAUGAUGUAAUAUGUUACUACUUUUUUUCAAUAAAAAAAGAAAAACGUGGCUGGAAUAAGCCGCGAAAAGUGGAGAUAUUUCUAUUAAGGUAUAGACACUAUUUGUGUAGAUAAAACAUUUGUAGUCAACUGAUGAGGUAUGGAUGUAUUAAAUACUUCUGCGUAGUGUAUACUGUUUGAAGGCUAACUCUAGUGAGUGCACUAGGCUUCUCAAAGUGUUUACUUUGUCUAAUCCUUACGUAUUGGCUCGUAUUUGAUGUCUCUUAAUGAUUGAUACAUAGAAAUGCUUCAGCAAGUGCAGAGCUUAACCAAUAUGAAUUAAAUCAGAGUGCACAUUACAAUUGCUU